GGGAGGGGGGAGCCGCUGGGAGCUCCGGCUGGGCGCUGCCGCCCGCCUCUCCCGGCGCGGCCCCGCUCCUCCGCCCGCCCCUCGCCGCCGCCCGCCGGGAGCGGCUCCAGCGCCGCCGGGGCCGGGCCGGGGCCGCGGCGCCCCGAAAGUUUUGCCGGUGCCCGGCCGCGCCAUGGGCUUCGACCCGUCGCGCUUCGCGGCGCCGGUGGCGGCGGAGCUGCAGUGCAAGCUGUGCGGGCGGGUGCUGGAGGAGCCGCUGUCCACGCCGUGCGGGCACGUCUUCUGCGCCGGCUGCCUGCUGCCCUGGGCGGCGCGGCGGCGGCGCUGCCCGCUCCGCUGCCGGCCGCUGGCGGCCGCCGAGCUGCGCCCCGUCCUGCCCCUCCGCAGCCUCGUCCAGAAGCUGGAGGUCAAGUGCGACUACAGCCCGCGGGGCUGCGGCCGCACCGUGCGGCUGCGGGAGCUGCCCGCCCACCUCGCGGCGUGCCGCUACGGGCCGCCGGCCGGCCCCGCCGAGCCGGAGCCGCGGGGUGGGCGCCCACCCUCCCCCGGCCGCCCGGCGGGCGGCUCCGCGGGGCAGCCGCGGCGGCCCGCACCGGGGGCGGCCCCGCGGCCGCGGGCGGGCGGCGGGCACCGCUGCCUGCGGGCGCUGCGGGGCGGCGGCGGGGGCCCGGAGCCGGGCCCCGAGCUGAAGAGGGAGGCCCUGCGCUGGAGCAGGAGGGAGAAGUCGCUGCUGGCGCAGCUCUCGGCGCUGCAGAGCGAGGUGCAGCUGACGGCGCGGCGGUACCAGGCGAAGUUCGGCCAGUACAUGAGCCACAUCAGCAGCAUCGCCCGGGACCUGGCGGGCGGCCAGCCCGGCAAGGGAGGAGAACCCAAACCGUUAACGAUCAUGCUACACCGAGAAAAUGAUACUUUGGGAUUCAAUAUUAUAGGAGGACGACCCAAUCAGAACGAUCAGGAGGAAUCCGCUGAGGGAAUUUAUGUGUCAAAGGUUUUGGAAAAUGGACCUGCAGACAAAACAGAAGGCUUGCAAAUUCAUGACAAGAUUAUUGAGGUCAAUGGGAAGGACCUCUCCAAGGCCACUCACGAAGAGGCAGUGGAAGCUUUUCGCAACGCCAAGGAGCCAAUUGUAGUUCAGGUUUUACGACGAGCCCCAGUUAGCAAAACUCACGGUAGCUCUCAGGAUGUUCGGUUUGUGGAUGCCAGCACUCAGACUGACAUCACUUUUGAGCACAUUAUGGCUCUGGCCAAACUAAGGCCUUCCACACCGCCAGUUCCUGAUAUCUGCCCCUUUCUACUUUCAGACAGCUGCCAUUCUCUUCACCCAGCGGAGCAUGAAUUCUAUGAAGGUAAUGAGUAUCUUUCCAGCCUGCCUGCUGAUGCAGAUAGAGCAGAGGACUUUGAGUAUGAGGAGGUGGAGCUGUGCCGCAUUAGCAGCCAGGAGAAGCUGGGGCUGACUGUCUGUUACAGAACUGAUGACGAGGAAGACACAGGGAUCUAUGUCAGUGAGGUUGAUCCAAACAGCAUUGCUGCCAGAGAUGGCCGGAUCCGUGAAGGAGAUCGCAUUUUGCAAAUAAAUGGCCAAGAUGUCCAGAAUCGGGAAGAGGCAGUGGCAUUGCUCUCCAGUGAAGAAUGCAAGAAAAUCGUGUUGCUGGUCGCAAGACCGGAGAUGCAGCUGGAAGAAGGGUGGCUGGAUGAUGAAAGGAAUGAAUUCUUAGAAGAGUUAAACUUGGAAAUGUUGGAAGAGCAGCAUAAUGAAGCAAUGCAGUACACAGCCAACGAGGUGGAGCAGCCAAAGAAACACGAAGAGGAGGAUGGCACUACAGACACUGCAACCUCAUCAUCCAACAAUCACGAGAAGGACAGUGGGGUGGGACCUACAGAUGAAAGUCUGCGUAAUGAUGAGAGCUCGGAGCAAGAAAAUGCACCUGAGGAGCAGAACAGCGCUACCCUGCAGAGCAAGCGGGAGCUGGGCCACAGCCAGGAUACGUUAGGAAGUGUGGAGCUCCAGUGCAAUGAAAGCUUUGUGUCUGGGGAAUACAUUGAGUCUGACUUCACAGGAAACCCAGAGGAGGAAUGUGAAAGGUUUCGGCAGCUGUUGGAACUGAAGUGCAAGAUUAGAAACCACGGGGAGUACGACCUGUAUUACUCGAGCAGCACAAUAGAGUGCAACAGAAGAGAGCAAGACGGAGUGGAGCAUGAGCUGCAGCUACUCAAUGAGGAACUGAGGAACAUUGAACUCGAAUGUCAGAAUAUUAUGCAAGCUCACCGGCUCCAAAAGGUGAGGGAUCAGUAUGGAGACAUUUGGGCUUUACAUGACGAAGGGUUCAGGAAUUAUAACACCAGCAUAGAUGUACAAAGAGGCAAACUGGAUGACAUCAUGGAGCACCCUGAGAAGUCCGACAAGGACAGCUCCAGCGCCUACAACACGGCUGAAAGUUGCAGGAGCACUCCACUGACUGUGGAGCGAUCCCCUGAUAACUCUCUCCAGAGGAUGAUCAGCAUAACCAACAGGAAAAACCUGAGGAGCACGAUCGUGGCUAGUCAGUCAUCCUCAGGACAAAGCAACAGGGAGACAACCUCACCCAAAACCAAACCCACUGAGCAAAACAGUGCUGCUGAGGAAGCAGUGCUGGCAUCAGAAAGCAGCAAAUUCACAGACCAGGAAAAGCAGAGCAGCGAGCACAUUCCCUACCUUUCUCCAUAUCACAGCUCUUCUUACAGGUAUGGGAAUAUACCUGCUCAUGCAAAGCAUUAUCAAAGUUAUAUGCAACUGAUCCAGCAGAAGUCUGCUGUGGAGUACGCCCAAAGCCAGCUGAGCCUGGUGAGCAUGUGCAAAGACUCGCAGAAGUGUGCAGAGCCUAAGAUGGAAUGGAAAGUGAAAAUAAGGAGUGACGGGACGAGGUACAUCACAAAGAGACCAGUUCGAGACAGAAUCCUGAAGGAACGUGCCUUAAAAAUUAAAGAGGAGCGCAGUGGGAUGACAACAGAUGAUGAUACGAUGAGUGAGAUGAAGAUGGGUCGCUACUGGAGCAAAGAAGAGCGGAAGCAGCAUUUGGUGCGAGCUAAGGAGCAGAGGAGGCGGCGGGAGUUCAUGAUGAGGAGCAGGCUGGAGUGUCUUAAGGAAAGUCCACAGAGUGGCAGCGAGGGCAAAAAGGAAAUUAACAUUAUUGAACUGAGUCACAAAAAGAUGAUGAAAAAGAGAAACAAGAAAAUCUUGGACAACUGGAUGACAAUCCAAGAACUGAUGACACACGGUGCUAAAUCUCCAGAUGGCACAAGAGUGCACAAUGCCUUUUUAUCAGUUACUACUGUAUGAACGCAACUUCUUUCAGAGAGUAUACUACCAGUUUAGGUAGAGUACGAUUGCCUCGUUCAAUGUGGCAUUUUUAUAUAUUUUGUGACUGUUUAUAGUUUGACCUUUUUUGUAAGCAAAAUUACUUGGUGAUUUUUCAUUUGUUUUUCAUAUAAUGGUACCUUCUUUAUCUGGCAGUCUUUCUUUAUCCUGCAAUAUAUUCAUACUAUUCAUUUGUAGAAAAAAAAAAAAGAAAAAGAAAAGCAAAACAAAAAAAGUGGAGAAGCCAAUUAAUUUCUUAACCUAAUACAUAUCCUGUAAGUUAAGAUCUGGAUUUAUUUCUCUAGUUUUCUUUUUUCUACUUUAGUAACAAUACAAUACCAAAACAAAACGCUUUAUACUGUAUCCUUGGCUUAACAAGUUUUAAAGUUUUACAUCUUAGAUUGCAUCUGUUUAUAAAUCAUAUGCCACAUCCCAUCGUAUAGAUAAGAAUGACAUUUUUCCAACUACACAUUGUACAGUACGUUUAAUCUGUAAAUUGCAAUUGUAUUUGUCCAAGUAAAGUGUAGGUGGGCAAUUCUCCUGUGUUAUGUAGUGGCAUUGGUCAUGUAGCUGGGCAGUAUGUGAUAAUUGUGAAAAUGAAAGAGAAAUAAAUUAUUGCUUAUCUUUAAGAAA